AUGGCGCAAACAGGUCCAAAUCUAACGACUGAAAGUGACUCGACUUUGCUGCGGCACAAACCAAAGUCCACGGACUCCCAAGGAAUUACCUCUCACCGAGCUGGAAUCGCAUGGAGCUGGUUCCUGGUCACCGUCCCCAUUUCCGCGCUGACUGCUGUCUUCCUGGCGCUGGUGUUCCAUUACCGACUCCACCAUGGAGACUCCCCGUUUCCAAAUCUCCGCUUACCCUCCGCAGAGGAUGAGAAGAAUGUGUUCUACGUUAAUCUGAGCUCGAGUGUCAUCCUCUUCAGUACGUCCUGGGCCAGCUCCGUGGCUCCCAUGUUGUCUAGUUUUGUGCUCGUCUUAGCUUCGUUUCCAAUCGCGCGUCGAUUAUCCCGUGAUAUCCAGCGGGGUCGUGCAGAUCGCUUGCCCACACCGUAUCAACUGUGUUUGACUUUGAAGUUCAUUGAUGGAAGUUUGCUUGGUGCAAUGUGGGAUUGGUUCUGUUAUUUUCUUCCAUGGAAUAAGGGAGGUGAACGGCAGACGCCGCCUCUCAGAGCAGCUUCGACGGUUGCUGUACUUGCAACCCUCCUAGGAUUACUUGUCACGGCCGCGGACACCUGGCUGCAUUUUGCAACGACCACCGUGCCCUUCACUCGAGUGUCUCCAAUCACCAAUCAUACAGAUUACAGCUUUGGCCUCUUGCCCCAGUGUCUCAAAGGUAACAACUCUGUGGCAGCACAGCGUGUCGACCCGAUGGGCCCCGUCUGUAGCGUCUCGUUAGCCGUCACAGGCUCCUUUCUUGCAGAUGCAACGACCUCCCUCCAGGUGAUGAACAACGUCUCCGACCAGGCUACGGUAUACACAUACGCCGACGAGCACAAAACGUCCUACACAUACCUCGGGGUCCCCGAAAGCGCAUCCCUACUCACCCGGGACUUCACAGCCAAGACCUACGGUGCGCGCACGCAGUGCGAGCUGAUCUCGACGAAAUGCGGCUUGCAAAAUGUAGCCUCAUCGGUCAAAUUCAACUGCUCCGCUGAGUUUGCGGGGUUUAUCAAGUCGCCCACUCUGCAGGCCGCGUUCUUCGAGGAUGAAACCAUGAGCAAAAAUCUCAGAGGCAAGGUGGUAUCCAACUAUGGCACCGGGAAUCCGUAUUACUUCGCCCUAGCGUCUAUGGUGAACCUAUCCGGAGGGAAGACGCCGAACUCCACCGAGUUUGUGCAAAGCCUCCAUGGCGUCCCGACAUAUGUUUUGGGCUGCAACACCACCAUCUACGAUAUCGAGUACGACCGCCUCAACAAUACCGUCACCCGUUUCCAGCCCACGGUUAGCAACACCUCCGUCAGCAACAUCUGGCAGACGAGCAUCUCGCAGACGCAAGAUUGGUUCCCCUUCUUCCAGCAGGCUGUUGGCACGGCGAUCUUCAGCGAUACGGCGCAGGAGUUCGCGGAAAAGGUUGCCCUGGCCCUUAGCAAAGCGACCAUUGCCCUUGGGGCGGAUGCACUAGGCGCACAGCCGGCGCUGGCCGCCCAGGAACGAGAGACCUUACUCGUGGCACGCAUUCCUGCGGCCCCGCUUGUCACUAUGGUUGUGGUCUGUUUGCUGUAUGUCGUGUGCGGCUUGCUUCUCACGGGGCUCGCGGCGUGGAGUGCCCGAAAUGGAGUCCCGGAUGUGCAGGCCCGGCUUUCCAUUGCUGGCUUGGUUGCGGACCGGUUCGAGGAACCUGGUUUGCGGAGCGAUACCGAUUCUGUUGAGAAGAUGUUCGCCGAGUACUCGGGGAAAGAGAGCAAAAGGAUAGCCAUCGAGUCGGUGGAUAGGGUUGGGGUUUACAGAUACACAACCUGGCAGAAGCCAGAGGGUUCUACAUCUGACUGGUGA